AUGUAUCUUUUAUCAAGUCGUCGUAUCACUAAAAUAAGGGGCUCGACUCCUUUUAUCGUCACUACUGUUUUUUUAGCAGUUUUCUCGGAUACAUUUAUGUAUGGUGUGAUUAUACCCGUAAUUCCUUUUGCCUUCCAGAGUCGGAUGGGUGUUACUAAAAAUGAUGUCGAAUCUUGGAUUUCGAGGUCAUUGGCAAUAUAUUCAGUUGGCCUUCUUCUAGGCUCUGUAAUUUUUGGAUAUGCUUGUGACAGAGUGAACAUGAGACGAGGUAUGAUGGUAGGGGGUCUAUUAGUUAUUAGUGCUUCAUGCAUAAUAUUGUGUCUAACUAAAUCUUUACCAUUAUAUUUGGUGGGGCGUUUAAUUCAAGGGAUUUCUGCAGCCGUUGUUUGGACUGUGGGAUUGGCUUUAAUUGCUGAUACUGCUGACUCUGGCCAAGUAGCCUAUUUAAUGGCAUUUCCUGGCAUUGGGGUUAAUUUGGGUUUUUUUGCAGGUCCAUUGAUAGGAGGGAUUGUGUAUGAGAAGUCAGGAUACUACUCUGUAUAUUACGUCUGUUUUGGACUUCUAUUUGUUGACAUGGUUGUGCGUUUAUUGAUGCUUGAAAAGAAAGAAUUAAAUAAAAGGAUGAAAAAAUUUGAUACAGACGAACAGGGAGAAAUAUUGGAAGUGUCGACUUUGAGUCAUAACUCAAAUGAGGUGAAUGAAGCUAUUGAAAACGAUAAAAAUUGUCCACAAAACCUAGAAGAGAACGAAAUACCAUCUCCGUUACAUUAUCAUAUCCAUUCCAUCGACACUGUAUUUGGUAUAAAGGUGCCUCCAAUAAUUGGGCUUUUGAAGCAUUCAACAGUGGUUGUCUCAUUGUUUCAAGCGUUCGUUAUUUCUUGGAUUAUGUCAGCUAUUGAGACCACAUUGACGUUGCAUCUCAAUGAGAUAUUUCAUUUCACAUCGAUGGGUGCUUCCCUUAUGACGUUGCCCUUGGCAGUGUCCUCAUUUAUAGAACCUUUUGUCGGUAAGAUGAGUGACAAGAUGGGGCCCAAGUUCUUGGUUACGCUUGGAUUUGUUUCUUUAAUUCCUUUCUUGAUUAUACUUCGUGUUCCGAAUCAUGAUUCUGUCAAUCAAAUUGCAAUGUUUGCAGCUUUUGUCGCUUUGAAUGGUGCAGCUUUCUCUUUGAUAUUUUCUCCGAUCAUGGGCGAGCUUUGUAAAAUUGUUUCGGUAGUUGAAGCUCAAAAUCCCGGGCGAUUUGGCCCAGGAAAAGGCAUGGGACAAGUUUAUGGUCUAUUUAACUUUUCUUUUUCAUUGGGAGCUCUAAUUGGCCCUUUUCACGCCGGUGGAGUCUACCUGAAGGUGGGAUGGAAUACUACAGUUCUUUCCCUUGGUAUAAUGUCAGCCAUAUCGUCAAUCCCAACAUUUCUUUUCACUGGAGGGAAUGUGAUCUCUAGGUGGCAAAACAAAGAUUUCAGAUUGAAUCAUUGGAGGGAGACUAUAUGA